UUGGCAACGAUAUUUGCUGCGAAUGCUUCUGUUCUCGUACUAGGAUUUUGCCAUAACGAUCCUUUACUUGUUAAUCGUGUGAUCUCAUGGGUUAUAGCAGCUGUUUCAAUUGUCUCCGAAAAGUGUUCGGGCAAAUCAAUCUUGCCGAAUCUACCAAUUUUUCUAAUCCCGUUUUCCGAUACCUCUUGUUGAUCACCCGUACUUUGGUCAAAAAUUAUUGUACGGUUCUUCAAGGUAACAUAAAUAUUUUUAUUCAAUUCACAGUCUGAAUCUCCUGGAUUCGAAUGAAUAAUGAGGGUCUUUGUAUCCAAAAAUCCAUGUUUCUCAUGACCAUGGAGGUUA